AUGGGCUCUGGUACUCUUUUUGGCGGGCUCUCGUGUGCACAGGAGUCACGUGCUGGUUAUUCUCUCAAUGAACUCGUGAUGUUAGUGCGCAGUUCUGUGGCCAAUCAGCGGGCAAUGGCCUGGAACACCGUCACAGCCAUCUUGGUACAACUCAGAGAUGGUGGGUACGAUGAGGAGACGCUGCGCGUGUACCGCGAGGGCAAAGGGGACGGGACGGACGACGACCGUAGCUAUGCACAUUCACACUCAGCACCCGAAGCCGCACUCGUGCUGCACGCGAUCAAGCAGCUGGGACUGCCCUAUCUCCUACGCAUGGCUGUGGAUGAGCAGGGCGUGUCCAUGCAGGAUGCGUCUGUGCGAUGCCUGGCUGUGUAUCUGGAGCUCAACGCCAAGAGGUUAGCUGAGCGCAACGAGGCCAUGGAACGUCGCGUGGUAUGUGCACAGACGGACGCCAUUGGAGUGUGUGGAAAUGGGUGUGCAUGUGUGCAUGUGUGUGUAUAUGCGUACAACUUUGUGCUGCGUAUAUGA